UUUGGAAUAUAUAGUGUCAAAUAAAAUGUUUCUCUUAAAAAAUGUUUUCAAGCAACCCCAUAAUUAUUAGUGAAUAAUGAGAUGAAAAUAGUGAAGAGCUUCAGUUUCUUCCAGAGAACUUCAGUUCAGGAGUUUAUGUCAUUCUUUUGUAAAACUAUUGUGGAAAGAACAAUUCCAGCUUCAAGGCAAUCUGUUAAGGAAGGAGAAUAUUUGUGUCAUGUAUAUGUACGGGCAGAUAACUUAGCUGGAGUGGUGAUAUCUGAUCAUGAGUACCCCUCUAGAGUGUCACACACUUUGUUAACAAGAAUCCUAGACGAAUUUGCAGAAAAAGUUCCUUCUUCUGGAUGGCCAGAUCUUCAGGAAAACAGAGUGGCAUUUCCACAACUCAAUGUUUAUUUAUCAAAGUACCAGAAUCCCAGGGAGGCUGAUGCUCUCACAAAAAUACAUGAAGAUUUAGAUGAAACUAAAAUAAUUUUGCAUAAUACAAUUCAGGCAGUUCUAGAAAGAGGUGAAAAACUGGAUGACUUGGUUUCCAAAUCAGAAGGACUGAGCAUACAGUCCAAAGCUUUUUAUAAAACUGCACGAAAAACAAAUAGCUGUUGUAGCUUCAGUUAGGUUAUUUAUCAUUACCAUUCCAGGUAGCCCCUCAUCAGUUAUUCAUACUAUAUAUCAGAUUAAUUUUCAAUGUAGAGGAGGAGAUCUGCAGUCUACAUUUACUACCAUAGUAGUUUCUCAAAAGUGGCUCACCCCUAUAACUUUUUUGUUUGUACAGAUAAAUGAAAUUGGGUGUGUAAGGACAGUUGUAUAAUUUCAUAUAUAAUAUUGUUCACCCUUCAUAAAGACAAUUGGUGAUGUUGUCAUGAACUGUAAUAGCAUUUUGUUAUACAAUUGAGAAUGGUCAAUAAAAAAAACUAUUAAUGUCACUCUGAAAUAUCAAAAAUAUAAUUUAUUAUAUCAAACUACUAUACUAGCUGUAUCAAGUGGGAACCAGCCCCAUAUCCUGUAGGCAAAUUCCUCCAACAGUAAAUGAAUAAAUAUGCAUUUUUUACACAUUCACUUAUUUUAUGUCAUUCUAGGUUUGACAGGAAAUUACUCUUUUUGUUUCUUAUUUUGAAUGGAACACCCAGUAUAGUUUCACUUAUUUCAAUAGAUAAUCAUAGUAUGAGUACAAUGACACCCCAUUUGCCACUUUUUGAAGUUUAUCAAAUUUUCAAUCUAGAGUGUUAGGAGUUAUGUUAUUCAACGUUUAUGUCAAUAGAUUGUGUGUGAGAUAAUUAUAAUCAAUAUGGUGUUUGCACUGAUAAGCUUUUGAUUUCCUUCAACUGAAUAUCACAUUUUGAGGUUCUUGUUACAUCUUAUUCUAAUAGAUGUCUCUGUAUAAAUUAUCUUAACCAUGGAAAUAAGAACUCAAUUAUUAGAAUUUCAUUAAACACUAUCAAGUAUCGGAUUUUUUAUGAACAAGGACCUUAUAAAUGUCAUCAGUUUUUGACUAAUGUAACCAUGUCAACCAGCCUUGAUUAAGAACACCAUAUUUGGUUACAUUUGAAAAAAUUGAGUUUAGAUCAUAAAGACCUCUAGAUUUAAAAUUAGAAAUUGAAAACAGGAUGAUGAAUAUCAAAAAGUGACAACCCAUGUACCCACAAUGUGAUUACUCUUGAAAUAAAUAAAAAAAUACCAGGUGUUCCAUUCAAAAUAAGGAAGUGAGGUUUAUUUUCAGUCAAACAUGAAGUGACAGAAAACAAUUGAAUAUGUCAAAAAAUGCAGUUAAUGUACUUUUGUUAGACAAGGAAUUUUAUUUUUUCAUCUGCAGAAACAAUGAAGUUAUAGGGGUGAGCCACUCUUGAGAAACAUCCGGUAUAUUAUGUGACUGUGGCAAGAUGAGAAACAAUUGACAAUUUUUGGAGAUAAUUUUCAAAUUAUUGAUUGAUUUUUAUUGAUCAUGUAGUUUGCUCAAUCUAUUAAAAACAGAAUUCUGGCCUUAAUUUGUCAAUAAGUCAAUUUCAUCUUAAAUUGGUAUUCUUCCAAUAUGCUGAAUCCUGGUAUAAAAUAUUGAUGAGUUUGGAGAAAUAAUGCAAUGAAAAUCUGUGUAAGGCCUUGUUAUCAAAUUGAAGUGUUCUAUUUCUAGGCUGAUGGGGUAACUAUUAUAUAAUAUAUACAUGUGCAUAGCCGUUGUUAUCAUGUUGUUAAUAGUUCAUGAAAGAUGAAAGUUAGACGAAAAUAAGGCGGAACCUCGGAAUUCGUUCAGGAAGGUCGAUUUAAAUGGGACAAACGGCGUUCUUUUCGUGAUUGCAUGUACAGUGUGUCCAGUUUUAGAUGCUUUUGCGUGAUAUCUCAGUUAUCUUUCGAGAUAGAACCUUGCGGUUUUCGCGGUCCUGUACCACUUUUUCGUGAAACUCAAGAUGACCUAAUCAGAUUUUGCAUAACUGUUUGCGUUUAUGAGAUACAGGGCGAUUUUGAAAAUUUAUUCUUUUUGAACCCCCUCUAUAUCUACGAAGUUUUUCAGCGAAAAUGUCAAAUUGAAAUCUUAUCCCAUACAGAAUUUUGCGCAGAAUCCAGUGGCGCACUCACUUUUUUUUUUCGGGGUAUGGUUUUGGAGAUACGACUCAAACUUAUGAUUUUUCAAAUGGAACACCCUGUAUUUAAUACGCUAAUUAAAUUCCUUAUUUUUUACCAUCAAAAUGAAAUAUGAUGUAUAAAUAUAAAAUUUUCAAAAAUGCUCCAAAAUUACUAAAACAUUGAAUUUUAUUAGUGGGCUAUCGAUUUUUCAUUUAAAAAAAGUUCCAAUUGAAGGAAUAUUUCAUUUGAUUUUUCCAUGAAAAGGAGAAAAAACAAUCCCAACAAUAGUUAACUAAGAAAACACAAAAAAUAGGUACAGUCGCAUUAAAAAAAAAGCGUAAAAGUAUAUUACAGAGAGAAAUUAACGUCAUUCUAUUCUGCAUAAAACGGGCUAUCGGUCUGUCCCAUUUUUGUUGUCCUUACGAGAUAUCUCACUUAUUUUCAAAGAUUUUUGCGGUUUUCUUGAACGUUGGCUACUUUUUUGUGAAACUCACGAUACCGGGCGAAAUCUCAAAAACACAAAGGACUGUGAAAAUUAUGUUUGUAAAUGUUGAGACCGCAGCACUCUAUCUCCGAACAAAAAUGAGAUAUUGAAAACUGGACACACUGUAUACAUACAUCGAAGUAUCUACAUCGUCUGAUGCGCCGCUAUAGUUAUUAUUAACGUUGCAAGGCCGAUAUGCAGCAAAUAACGGAUGAGGUUGAAUAUUGUAAUCCGAGGCGCAGCCGAGGAUUAUAACAAAAGCGAAUCCGAUAUUUGCGUAUCGGCCGUGUAUCGUUCAAGACUUUUCGUAAUCCCGCUGAAAGAUUACAAUUUGUCUCCGAGGAAAGAACAAACCAUACGUAUCUCGUAAUUCUACACAAAAAUCCAAACAUCGCGUGUUGUUAUGGAACAGUUAACGGCUGUUGAACAAUCUUAACGGGUGGAAGCUGUUAACAUCAACUUUUCAAUUGUCAUUUGAAUACCGUUGAAUCAAAAUAACAGAUCUCCAAAGAUAACUGAGAUAUCGUGCAAAAGAUGGUAAUAGCAUAAGAAACUGGAUGCAAUUAUGAAGAGAAUUCACUUUCUCCCAUCAAAAUCGAACCUUCUUUUGAAUUAAGGAAUUUCCAGGAGUAAUGCUAACUAUCCUGAACUUAAAAUAUUGAUGUAAAAUGUGAAUGAUGUAUACAAAUUUUAUAUAAUUUAUCAAUUUAUUUGUAUUGUAUGUGUGUAAGAUUGUGCCUGUUGUAAGAGGAAAUAAAUCAAUGUUGCAGAUACUGAUGAAUACUGAUUAAUACUAAAUAAAAUAGUUUUAUUUUUUUUAUGUUG